AAAAAAAAAAAAAAAAAAAAAAAAACCCGGAAGAGAAGUGAAAUGUUUUGGGCUGUGUAGCACGCGCGGUGAAAAUGGUGCGGAUAAAAGCCAGGUAUCUGCUGUGUGAGCUGUGUGUUUCAGACUCCAGCAGUUUGCGGCUGUUGGAGGAAAAAGCCAUUUAUCAGGCUGUGAAAGCGGCUGUGAUUAAAGCACAUGGAGAAUACGGAGCUGCUCUCUUCAGCAUCGGCUCUACAGUGACGUACCUGAACGCAUACACCGGCGUGGUGAUCCUACGCUUCCGGAAAGCUCACUAUCAGCUCCUCUGGUCUGCUCUGCCCUUCAUCACCAGCAUAUGGAGCCAGGGUCAGAAAGUGCAGUGCUUCUUCAACUGUAUACACGUCGGAGGCACCAUCAGAACGUGUCAGAAGUUCCUUGUGCGAUACGGGAGACAGCAGCUAUGCCGAAUGCUGCCGCACUGUAAGACUGAGGCUGAAAAAGAGGAAGUGAGGAGAGCGGUGUUGAGCUGCUCACUCCAUAAAAGAGUCGAUGAUGAAGGUGAAGAUGAUGAUGAUGGUGAAGAGGAGGAACUCUAAUUAUACAUCACACCACAGAUAUGCAGAGACACACUAUUCAAGUUAUUUGUUAUGUUUUCUGUAUUAUAUUCAGGGGUGCCAGUACUUUUUGGCCUUCAAACUGCCCCAAAACGGUCGCGUUUCAGCUCCCUGUUUAUCCCCAGUGUUUACGCAGAACCCUGGGAAUCAUCCUGGAGUUGAUGGCAUCCCUGAUGAUAAAUUACCUUUUUUUCCAAAGCGUUUUAUGCUUGAAAGUGUUAUGUUAUAAUAAGUCUGCCUCAUUUGGACUGACUGAAGACGUUUCUUAUUUUGUUGUAAAUGCCACUGCACAAUGAAAAAUGAAAUUCAUAACAAAA